UUUGUUUUAAGAAAGGUAGGUGAUAUCCCUUUGUUUUUGUUUGACUGAUUCACCUAUUACAGUUAGUGGCGUGAGGAAAUUUUUUUUUUUUUUUUUUAUUGUUCUUUUCCUCAUAUGACAAAUACAAACAUUCCUGAGCCGCUCCUAACUGCAUGGAAGCAACUGUAUGAAUCGCAAAAAUUAACAGAUGCUAGAGAGAAUAUAAAGAGACCUAAUGGGAACAACAGCAACAUAUUAGGUUCUUGUGUACAACAUGAUCUGGAUCAUUAGCUUCUUGGCUUUGGUGGCUUCCACUCUGGGAUGUGGGGUUCGUUACCCGUUGCGUUACCCGUUGCAUCACCCAGCAGCUGAAAUUGCCGAAAGAUCUAUAAGUGCUUUUGGGGAUCGGCUAGAAAAUCUGCUAAAAGAUCUGCCAGAAGAUCCAUCACCUCUACCAAGUAUUGUUAGGGGAAAUGAUGCAAAUAUCAUUUACUCUUGGCCCUGGCAGGUCUCUAUCCAGAGCUCAGAAGGUAAGCUCGUCUGUGGUGGUUCCCUAAUCAACGAAAACUGGAUCCUCACUGCUGCCCACUGUUCAGUUCAGCCUGGAAAUGACUAUGUGGUCCUUGGACAGUAUGACCGUGGUUCCAAUAAUGAAAAUAUUCAAGUCAAGGAAAUUGCCAAGGUCAUCACCCAUCCUGACUACAACAAACAGAUUAAGUUCAACAAUGAUGUUGCACUACUGAAAUUGUCCAGUCCAGCACAGAUGACGUCCCGUAUCGCUCCUAUAUGUCUGCCUAGCUCCUUAACCAGCAUCCGCCCUGGGACUCUUUGUGUCACCACUGGCUGGGGAGCAACUGAAACUAACCCAAAUCCUCGAAUUCUGCAGGAGGCCACUGUGCCGAUAGUGAGUCAAGCGCUGUGUAGGCAGCUUUGGGGUAGGAACAGAAUCACAAACGCCAUGAUCUGUGCUGGAGCCUCUGGAGCCUCGUCUUGUCAGGGUGAUUCUGGUGGUCCUCUGAUUUGUAAGAGUUCGGGUGUUUGGUACCAAGUGGGCAUCGUUUCCUGGGGCCACGAAUCCUGCAGCACUGACCGUCCAGCUGCCUACACCCGUGUCUCUUACUUUCGACAAUGGAUCAGUGAAAUCAUUACAUAAAACUAGAACACCAGCUUAAAUCUCAUGCCCUCACAGUCUCUGAUUCUUUUGUCUGAUUAUUCAUUCAUUAGUCCAGUGAUAAAACUGUGUCUUCAUAACACUGUUACGCUACUGCUUUGAAUACUGGAAAUAAAUCAUGACAUAAUGCCAACAGAGUUAUUAAAAGCACGUUAUAACUUUAUAUAUAUAUAUAUAUGUAUGUGUUUUCAUUUUUAUUAACUAUUGAUUAUGCUGAACUUAUG